UCCCUUUUCACCCAAACCCUCGCCCAUCCUUCCGGCAUACGAGCGUCUCUCAUCUUCCGCUUACCUAGCACCUCUCCGGACUCGGUCUCCGAAUGGGAACACUGCUAUCUCUUUUCGAUCGGCUCCGGGCUCGAUGGACUCAAGGGAAGAGCUCACGGGGGACUUUCCAGUCUGCUACUAGAUCACGUGACGGGCGCAAUUGCUCAUCAUGAGACUGGGGAGCAAGCGAUCCCACCUGUUACUGCAACUAUGCAGCUGGAUUAUCGGGCGCCGAUUGAUACACCCGGUGUCAUCCUGGCGCGAGCGUGGCCGGUGGAGAGGAGUGGGAGGAAGAUGUGGGUCAAGAGCGUUUUGGAAGAUGGACAGGGGAAGGUUUUGGUGGAAGCGAAGAGUUUGUUUGUUAAA